GCCAGUGUGUACUUAUGGAACAUACCAAUCAGUAACGAAAAUGGUGGUUCCAUUGUUAAUACUGUCCAUGGUUGUAACAUCAGUUCUCAGUCAAAGCUGUAACAUUAGAGAUACAGACGAGGGAAGUGUCUGCGUCUGCAAUGCAAAAUACUGUGACACUGUUCCAGAAUUGGAUGUAUCUACUGGAAAAUAUCAACUGUAUUCUACCAGCAAGGCCAAAUUAGGCUUCUACAGCACCACCGGAUCUUUCGUCGAAAAUACUGAUGGAGAAGAAAGCUCUAUCACUGUCGAUCAAGAUACGAAGCAUCAAAAUAUCAUCGGAUUUGGUGGUAUCAACAUAAAGCUACUACCAGAAGGGGCUGAAAAAAAUUUAAUAGAAAGCUAUUUUGGUAACAGCGGUAUCGCGUAUAGUCUGUGCAGGGUUCCUAUUGGUGGAACUGACUUUUCAACAAGAGGAUAUUCUUAUGAUGAUGUUGAGGGGGACGACACGUUGGAACAUUUUGCGCUUCAACAGGAUGAUUUAGAUUAUAAGAUUCCUUUUAUCCUACAAGCAAAGGCGUUGAGAAACAACAAUAUUAAACUAUUUGCCUCUGCCUGGUCAGCGCCAACUUGGAUGAAAACGAUCAACGAUUGGUUUACAGGUAGUCUUAAAGAUGAAUACUAUCAACUUUGGGCCGAUUAUAAUUUGAGGUUUUACGAAGAGUACAAUAAGCGUAACAUCUCCUUCUGGGGUAUGACUACGCAGAAUGAGCCUAGUGGUGCGGGCUGGUCCCCCUCACAAAUGAAUCUGGAGCAAGGCGCAGGUGGUUGGGUGGACUGGAACAUGGUCCUGAAUGAGGAAGGUGGCCCCACCUAUAUCGACAACUAUGUCGAUUCUCCAAUUAUAGUCAACGCAACCUUGCAGGAGUUUUACAAACAGCCAAUGUUCUACGCUUUGGGACACUUCUCAAAGUUUGCAGUUCCCGACUCCGUUAGAUUGGAAACCACUGUGAAAGACUUGGACAAUGUGAGAGCAAUGGCAUUCUUGAGACCAGACAAUUUAAUAGCAUUAAUUAUAUCUAACAGUGGCAGCGAGAAGACUAGUGUCCGCAUACAGAAUAGCCAAGGACAGACCGCUGCCAUACAAAUAGAAGCUAACUCUAUCAACACGGUGUUGUACAGUUAGAUGGUGGUAAUUGAAAUGUAGCAUAGUGUAAUAAGUGUAAUACGGUGAAAAAUAAUAAUGCAACGAAAUAAAAAUAUUUAAAAAAGUAAA